AUGGUAUGGUCAAGUAUAAGUAGGAGAACCCGUCUGUUGCCGUACUUAAGGGCUUUCCGAAAUUCCCCAGAAUUGAGGGGCCGGUCUAUUAUUCCUGAAGGAUCGGGUUAUAACAUACUUUUGCUUCACACAAUGUUGGAAGGCUUGGUCUUUGGAAUGGUUGGAAUGUCGUAUGCUGCAGUUCCACUUUACCGGAGAUUUUGCCAAGCAACUGGCUAUGGGGGAACUAUUACCCGCCGUGAGAGUGUUGAAGAAAAGAUUGCAAGGCAUGAUAGCAAUCAAACAGCCACAUCAAGGGAAAUUGUGGUACAGUUCAAUGCUGAUAUUGCUGACGGGAUGCCAUGGAAGUUUGUUCCUACACAGAGAGAGGUUAGGGUGAAGCCCGGAGAAAGUGCCCUCGCAUUUUAUACCGCGGAAAACAAAAGUUCUACUCCGAUAACCGGUGUUUCUACAUAUAAUGUAACUCCUAUGAAGGCUGGAGUUUACUUUAAUAAAAUACAAUGCUUCUGUUUUGAGGAGCAGCGACUACUUCCUGGAGAGCAGAUUGACAUGCCUGUAUUCUUUUAUAUUGACCCGGAAAUUGAGGACGAUCCUAAAAUGGAUGGCAUCAAUAACAUAAUAUUAUCGUAUACUUUCUUCAAGGUUUCUGAAGAAUAA